AUGAGAAAGAGUCUCCAGAACAAGCUCAUGCAGGAAGUCAACCUCCUGAGGGAGCUUGACCACCCAAAUAUUGUGCAGUAUUUCGAUCACUUCAUAGACCAGGAGAACAAGAAGGUUUAUGUUGUGAUGGAGUACUGUGAGGGUGGUGAUCUGGCCAGUGUCAUCAGCUUUACUUUGUAUUAUAUCUGGGUAGUUUUAUGUCUGUGGUUUGUCGAAAUCCCUCCUGUAUUAACUUGUCUGUUAAUCCCAAAAGCUUUUUUCCUCCCUGAGAAAUUCAUUCUUCAGGUUUUGGAGCAACUCACCUCAGCCCUGAAAUACUGCCACAGACGCCCUGAUGGCAGUGUUGUUCUGUACCAGGACAUAAAGCCAGCCAAUGUUUUUGUUGCCAAUGACUUUAACGUUAAGAUAGGUGAUUUUGGGCUGGGAGACAUCCUCCCCAGUCGGAACGACUAUGUCAAUACGCAGACUGGGACUCUUCACUACAUGUGCCCAGAAAAACUGAACAAGACUUUUUACCAUGAAAAGUCUGAUAUCUGGUCACUGGGGUGUCUCAUUUAUGAGCUGUGUGCAUUAAAGCCUCCGUUUGCUGGUGGAGGAAAAUGUCUCAUCAACAGGAUCAACCGUGGGAAGUUCAAAAAAAUUCCACCCCACUAUUCAGAUGAGCUGAACUCCUUAAUCGGCGACAUGCUGCAAGUUUUGGACUUUCUGAGGCCGUCCAUGGAAGACAUCCUCCACAGCAGCCUGCUCACUCAGCAGAAGCAGAGAACUGGUGACGCUGCUCAUCAUCUUCCUGCACCCAUGACAGCUGCAGACCUCAGGCUCAGGGAGCCGCAAGACAUUCCAUCGAAGUCGUGGAAGCGGAGACUGGAGGCUGAGCAUCAUCAGCCAAGCAAGCAGAGGUGAGAAGGGUCAUGUGACAUGGGUUGGUGCGAACCAGUGACCACAUCGUCUCUCACCUGCCAAAGUUGAUUCUGCUUCUAUCUUCUUAAAUUAAAAAUGAUUAUCAUCAAAU